CAGGGUGUGAUGGUGGGUAUGGGUCAGAAAGACUCAUAUGUCGGUGAUGAGGCUCAGUCGAAACGAGGUAUCUUGACUCUGAAGUACCCGAUCGAACACGGUAUUGUGACGAACUGGGACGAUAUGGAGAAAAUCUGGCAUCAUACGUUCUACAACGAGUUACGAGUUGCUCCCGAGGAGCAUCCCGUACUGCUCACUGAGGCACCUCUUAACCCGAAGGCAAACAGAGAAAAGAUGACUCAGAUUAUGUUCGAGACGUUCAAUACACCCGCUAUGUAUGUGGCAAUCCAGGCAGUGCUCUCGCUCUACGCUUCCGGUCGUACAACUGGAGUGGUGCUUGACUCAGGAGACGGUGUCACUCAUACGGUACCCAUCUAUGAAGGUUAUGCCCUGCCCCACGCUAUCCUGCGUCUCGAUUUGGCAGGUCGUGACCUCACUGAUUAUCUCAUGAAGAUCCUCACUGAGCGUGGUUACUCAUUUGUGACGACGGCUGAGCGUGAGAUUGUUCGUGACAUCAAGGAGAAGCUCUGUUACGUGGCUCUUGACUUUGAACAGGAGAUGGCCACUGCUGCUUCGUCGUCCUCGCUUGAGAAGUCCUAUGAACUUCCCGAUGGACAAGUGAUCACCGUCGGUAACGAGCGAUUCCGAUGCCCUGAGGCUCUCUUCCAGCCAUCGUUCAUCGGGAUGGAAUCUGCUGGUAUCCAUGAAACGACAUACAAUAGUAUCAUGAAAUGCGAUAUUGAUAUUCGUAAAGAUCUUUAUGCCAACAAUGUACUCUCUGGUGGUAGCACCAUGUAUCCUGGAAUUGCUGAUCGUAUGCAGAAGGAAAUCACCGCCCUCGCACCAAGCACCAUGAAGAUCAAGAUCAUCGCACCACCAGAACGCAAAUACUCCGUAUGGAUCGGUGGCUCCAUCCUUGCUUCCCUGUCCACCUUCCAACAGAUGUGGAUCUCGAAGCAAGAAUACGACGAAUCAGGCCCAUCAAUUGUUCACCGCAAGUGCUUCUAAGCCGUCUCGCUCAACUGGCUAUACAUACAAGUGCCUAUGUCUCAUUCAUUCAUCAUCUUAUGUAACCCAAAACCAAUCUUAUGAGUCAACUUAGUAACUGAAUUCAAACUCAUUGCUCAUUUUUAUCAAACAAUAAUCAUCUGCCCAAAGGAAACUAUUCAGUUCUAACUAAUCUGUUGCCAGGAAUCGCUACUUUCCUCAUGUUGCGCAUUUAUGUAUCUUUGAUCAUUUCAUCUUACAAAAAUAUGCUUUUGUAACUCA